AUGGCUAGCAUCGACGAUGUAAACUUUGAGCUCCCCAAACUACGCACCUCCUUCUCUCUAGAGAAUGACACCAGGUUCCUCGGUAGUGAUGAUAAUAUUGCAGGCAAGCAUCCAAUUCUGCUACCGGAGCUGUACUUUGCCCAAUUCUUUGAUGUCAAAUUCUGCCCUUACCAGCCUCUAGAUCAUGAACCUGUCUUUGCCGCUAUCAGCAAGAAGCAUGUUGUUAUCUGCCGACUCACAAAAGAUACAGGUGAUGUCAAUCCCUGUCAUGUAAUCAAUGUCAUAAGAGACGAUGAUGAUGAGGCUGCCAGUUGUUGCUGUACUUGGACUAUGGAUGCCGUAAAUGGCAGGCCCUAUAUCUGCAUUGGAGGCGUUGAUGCCAAAGUCAAGAUAUACGACGUAGUUGAUGGCCGUGCUUUGUCGGCCAUGGCGGGGUUCGUUUUCUCUCAACUCUUCACCUUCGGCCUCAUGAACUCACCCGAAGCAAAGGACGUUAAUGACUUAGCCACAUCCCCUGUCAACCCGUACAUCAUCGCUUCAGCCUCCGACGACACAAGUGUACGGAUAUGGAGUGUUGAAGAAAAGCAUAGGAGUCAACCAUGCUUAUGCAUUCUCGCCGGAGAAGGCCACUCUUGGAAUCUGCUCAGUGUGGCUUUCCACGAAACCGGCCGCUAUCUUUUAUCCGGUGGCCACGACCAGAUCAUAAAUUUGUGGACUAUUCCCGAUCUCCCCAACGAGCCCAUUGAUACGCCUUUACAGGUCCAUUAUCCUCAUUUCUCAACCUCAGCUGUGCACAGUGGCAUUGUCGAUUGCGUCUCAUUUUAUGGGGAUCUCAUCCUAUCUAGAGCAUGUCACGAUAAUGUGAUUGUCUUGUGGAAGAUCGAGGGAUUCUCCUCGGACGACCCUCUACCACCCCAGAGUACUGCCCCCACGCCACAAAAUGUGCUCCCAACAAAUUAUGAAGAUCCCGGACGACUUACAAGGUCUGCUUUCGUUCCAUUGACCUCCCCUCAGUGCCCCGUCCAAUAUACACGGUUAUUGGCCUUCCACACUCCGAACUGUGGCCCUCAAUUUUUCAUGCGCUUCAAGCUCCAUCAUGUGCCCAACCAAAAUCCGGUGCUUGCAUUUUGCAAUGCCGCGGGCAACAUCUUUUUCUGGGAUUUAAAGCGGCUGACUGCCCACCGUGAUAUCAUGUCGACGCUGGCAAAUCCUGUGGACAAAAGCAAACCAAUACAGUUACCUAGCUGGCAGAAGCCCGUCAUCCCCCGUUCAAAAGCAGACCCACCAAAUAAACCUCGAGCAACCGGUAGUGAGCAGCAAGAUUCGUCAACUCCAGUAUAUGUAAACCAUGCGGAUUCCCGGGAGUUCAGCCCAGAGACAUUGGAAUCAUGGGCGACCAAGUAUAGCAUGGAUGACACUCACGAGCCGCUACGGCACCAUAAGAUGGAGUCAUCGUCGGCCAAUUUUGUGGGCAGGCAGGCAUCCUGGAGUCCUGGGGGAGAUUGGUGUGUCGUAGUUGGGAGCUCAAACACGGCUUUAUUGCUGCAGCGUUGGGCUCAGAAAUAA